AACGCUCGCUAUACCGGCUGCAGGAUACUGAUUUUAUUCAAAGGUCUACAUGCACCUGGAAGGUUUCAACGCUGACGGUUCGUUAAAGUGGCAAUAUGAUGUCUCACCAAGCCGCAGUUAUUAUGAUCAUGUCCUCGUUUUGCCAUGGUGCCAUGGUAUCAGGUUGUACCAGCUCACCUGGGAUGCCUAAGGUUCUGGGAUUGAUCGAGCGCGCCAGAGAAGUCAUGAACAGGACCUUCCGUAAUGACGCCCACUUGGGUACAAUUUACUUUACAAGGAACUUCACAAGCAACGUCACCGAUAAAGGGAAACCUUACACAGUAGCCUUCUACUCCAAUGUUUUGCAAGGGCUGAACUUUCUCGUACCUGUCCAAGUCGAAUAUCAGAGGAACAAGACUCGGCACGUUGUGUUGACGCUGUACACAGACGAACUGGCCUUGCACUCUGCAGUGGUGCUGGAAGGGAGUGUCUCAAACUCUACGCCCAUUCGCAUCUUAGCUUACGGAACCUUGAGCCUCACCUUCAGCUUCGACGUUGAGAAGAACAGACGAACGGCGACCAACAUUCGGUUGCAUCAGCUUAACAUCACAUACAACAGAACUAGUGACAACCGACGCACAUCAAGGGACAAAGAAGAACGCCUCGACCUUAGAAGUGCUCCCUUCAAGGAAGCCGUGAGAAGAGUAUUCGAGCAACAGUUGCUACGCGAUGAAAUCUAUGAAACCCUAAAGGAGAAGAUAAGUAAGGUGGACUUCAACGCCCCUUAAUAUUCUGUAGCAGCACUUGAUAUAACGUAUUUUAUGAUCUA